GAGCGAGAGAACGCCCCGUUAUUUACAAAUCAAGAGAAAUACUCCAGUUUCAACUUUUAGAGAUUUAAGACCCCCGAUAUCGUACUUCUUCACAUACUCAUACAAAACAAGAACUUAAACUUCCACAACAACAGGUUUAAGUGUCACUGAGGAGCAACAGGCGGCCACGCACUGAAGGCGCUGUAUGAGCAGCGGAUCGACUCAUUUGCUCAUAACAUCUGCGUUACGUCGUAACAUUUUACAUGGAGAAGAUUUUGAGCUGCAAAGACGAGGACUUUGAGGAUUACUAUGGAUUACUGGGAUGUGACGAGCUGUCUUCGACAGAACAGAUUCUCAAUGAGUACAAAAUCAGAGCCCUGGCGUGCCAUCCUGACAAACAGUUGGAUAAUCCCAGUGCUGUGACAGACUUUCAGAAACUGCAGGAGGCCAAAGAGGUUUUAUGUGAUGAAAAUAAAAGAAAGAAUUAUGACCUUUGGAAAAGAAGUGGAGUUGCCAUGACAUUUCAUGACUGGCAAGCUUUGAAAGACUCUGUAAAAACAUCAAUGCACUGGGCAAUAAAAUCAAAAAAGGAACCAAUGUUGGAAUCUUCUAAAUCAGACAUAGCUACGUCCUCUCAGACAAAAGACCAGUUUGACCAUGGGGAAGCACCGACUGAUGAAAGUCCUCUGACUGAACCUUCACGAGAUUACUAUCAUAUGCGUUUCCGAUGGGAUGGUGACUCUCCAUCAAACCUACUGCAGAGGUUCAGAAACUAUGAAAUUUAAAAGUAUGCUAAAGUACCGGUUACUCUUCAGUACAGUGAUGUAUACAAUGUUUUGUGUUAUUUAAAUAUUUAUUGCAACAAAAAUAACAUUGUAAAAUUGUACUUUAAAUGAAAUUGUGUUCAAGUUCAAGAUAGCCCUUGGGGAGUGUCAUUCUAAUGUGCACCAUUGCACCCCACGUAUUUGGAUCCUAUGCUCUGUCUAACACUUGGCCUGUGACAAUGGUUACUAUAUCAACUUGUCAUUUAAUAAAUUAUAGCUGAA